CCCUGAUGAUCCUAUUACUUUACAAGUGAAUGUUUAUGAUAUUAAAGAUCUAAAUACCUCAAUAACAUCUUUUCAAGUCGGAAAAGCUUAUUUUAAUCGUGAUAACAAUCAUGAAAUAAAUUGGUCACUUGCUAUUUCCAAUCCUAUUUAG